AUGCAGGGCUUUGGCACCAAAGUCAUCCUGAAACAAAUGGUCCUGCUAUUCUUGGAGAGGCUCCCUCCUUCGUCAGAGGACCUUGAGUCAGAGUUCCUGACUAUCACCGAUCGUAUCUGCACGCUUUUUCAAAGCAUCACUGCCAGAUUCCGCAACAUCGUUAAUCAGGAGCUGGAGAAGUGUACCGACUCUGACAGUAAGAAGUACUGGGCUUACACCUUCUACUGGGAGUAUAUGAAGAGGUACCCAUCAUCCCAGUGCCUGGGGAUUGAAGCCUUCACAUGUGAUGAGGAGAGAUGUUUAGUGGUGGCCAAAAUGUUUGCAAAGAAGAUGUGCCCCAAGAUGCUCCGCUCAGCAGCAGACUUCGACGAGGCUGAAGAUUCAGGGAGCAAUGGAUCUGUGGACUUGAACCUGGCGAUCCCAGAGACCGCUAACCCUGUCAAAGUGGUAGACAUCACAACACCCCUGACCACUAAUCCAGUCAACCUUGAGGUUUUGGAUGAAACACUUGUCCUUCAGUCAGGCUUUUCCACGGCACACUGCACCCCACCACCAGGCUUUUCCCCGGCACCCUGCACCCCACCAACAGAAUUUUCCACAGCACCCUGCAUUCCACACCCAGGCUUUGCCCUGGCAACCUGCACCUCGUCGCCAAGCUUUGCCGCUAAUGCAAUGCAGGGCUUUGGCAGGAAAGUCAUCCUGAAACAAAUGGUCCUUCUAUUCUUGGAGAGGCUCCCUCCUGCGUCAGAGGACCUUGAGUCAGAGUUCCUGACUAUCACUGAUCGUAUCUGCACGCUGUUUCAAAGCAUCACUGCCAGAUUCCGCAACAUCGUUAAUGAGGAGCUGGAGAAGUGUACCGACUCUGACAGUAUGCAGUACUGGGCUUACACCUUCUACUGGGAGUAUAUAAAGAGGUACCCAUCAUCCCAGUGCCUGGGGAUUGAAGCCUUCACAUGUGAUGAGGAGAGAUGUUUAGUGGUGGCCAAAUUGUUUGCAAAGAAGAUGUGCCCCAAGAUGCUCCCCUCAGCAGCAGACGUCGACAAGGCUGAAGAUUCAGGCAGCAAUGGAUCUGUGGACUUGAACCUGGCAAUCCUAGAGACCGCUAACCCUGUCAAAGUGGUAGACAUCACAACACCCCUGACCACUAAUCCAGUCAACCUUGAGGUUUUGGAUGAAACACUUGUCCUUCAGUCAGGCUUUGUCCCGGCACCCUGCAUUCCACCCCCAGGCUUUUCCCCAGCACCCUGCAUUCCACCCCCAGGAUUUUCCCCAGCACCCUGCAUUCCACCCCCAGGCUUUUCCCCAGCACCCUGCAUUCCACCCCCAGGAUUUUCCCCAGCACCCUGCAUUCCACCCUCAGGCUUUCCCCUGACAUCCUGCACCGCAUCGCCAAGCUUCGCCGCUAAUGCCAUGCAGGGAUUUGGCACGAAAAUCAUCCUGAAACAAAUGGUCCUGCUAUUCUUGGAGAGGCACCCUCCUAUAUCAGACGACCUUGAGUCAGAGUUCCUCACUAUUGCCGAUCAUAUCUGCACGCUGUUUCAAAGCAUCACUGACAGAUUCCGCAACAUCGUUAAUGAGGAGCUGGAGAAGUGGACAGACUCUGACAGUAAGCAGUACUGGGCUUACACCUUAGACUGGGAGUACAUGAAGAGGUGCCCAUCAUCCCAGUGCCUGGGGAUUGAAGCCUUCACAUGUGAUGAGGAGAGAUGUUUAGUGUUGGCCACCUUGUUUGCAAAGAAAUUGUACCCCAAGAUGUUCCUCUCAGCAGCAGACGUCGACAAGGCUGAAGAUUCAGGGAGCAAUGGAGUAAGCGAUGGUUUUAAGUGUUUAUCUUAUUAA